GGCAGAGUUAGAGAGAGGUGACACUCCAACAUCCAUCCAAUGCUACAUGCAAGAUAAUGGUGUCUCCGAGGCAGUGGCUCGUAAAGGCGUUCAAGAUUUAAUCAUUAGUUCAUGGAAGAAGCUGAACAAAGAUGCUGUUGAUUGCCAUCCACUGCCUCGAUUCAUUGCUAAUGCAGCAAUAAAUCUUGGACGGAUAUCGCAUUGCACAUACCAUAAAGGAGAUGGCUUAGGUGCUCCGGAUCAAGAGAAGAAGAACAUGAUCAAGUCCCUGUUUUUUGAUCCUGUAGAACUCAAAGGAGGCCAGGAUUCUUUCGGGCUUCUUGAUGAUAGGCUUGUGGUCAGCAAUGUGUAGAAGGGAAUUUUGGUAACAAGAUGAUAUAAUUAUUGUAAUUUAUAAAUAUCAUGUAAUGAUUUUGUGCGGUGGUCGGGGCUAUCAUCCCUUUUCAGAAAAAAAUAGAAAGAAAGAGAAAGAAAAGAGAGAUCAUAAUUAUGUGUCAAGGGGAUUGAGCUGCCCAUGCCAAGCUAAGAAGGCUUUUAAUUUGGGACCAGAAAAGUGAAAACAAGAGUAUUUGAUGCAUUAUCAAUGUACAUACUUUGAGCUUGGCAUUUUGAGAAA